CAGCGUGCAGUGAGGAGUAGAGCCUGCAGUGUGCUCCAUAGCAGUAAUGUCUGAAGGGGAUGUUACAAAAGCUGAAAAUGGCAAGAUGGAAACAUUGACUGGAAACAGAGAUCGAGGUGUUGCUGCCAUUAAACCCAAGUACUUAACAACUAAGGAGGAAUUCCACUCAUUCGUUGAUGAUGAAGAUACUGCAAAGAAAGAUGGUUUGCAGAAGUGUGAGAAACUAACUGCACAUAAUGAGACUUCUCCGGACUCAACGGAACCUGAAGCAAAAAGAAUUAAGCUUGCAGAUGAUAGCUGUGGGAAUGAGAAAGAAAGCCAAAAAAAUACUGAUGCCAGACAAGAAAAAAAAAGAGCCAGGGGACAAAACAAAAGCCGACCUCACAUGAAACCUUCCCAUUUUGAAGAAGUUAAAUUGUGUAGCAGUAUUAAACAGGGACAAGGGAAUUCCUGUACAUUUGGUGAGAAAUGCAGAUUUUCACAUGAUCUGUCCAAGUUCAUGGCAGAAAAGCCAGAUGAUAUUGGCCCAAACUGUUAUCUGUUUGAGACUCUUGGAAAAUGCAACUAUGGGGCAGCCUGUCGUUUUGCCAAAUCCCACCUGGGUAAAGAUUUUGAAAAUCUAAUUAACGAAGAAGUUGUGAAAAAGUGUGAAGGGAAUGUUUUGGUAACAAAUAAUCUGAACAGAGAUCUCCAGCUUCAGCUGCGGAAAAAGAAAGUCAAGUUUGAGAAAACUGACCAGUAUUUGAAGAAUAUGAACAAAACCAGUAAACCGGGUGCGAGUGGAAAGGGAAAUGCACCUAAACCUGUUGUAGAGGAAUCUGGGGUAACAUCUGAAUGCGCAGACACUAAGGUGGGAACUGACCAACAGGAUACGCUGCUCUCUACAGCUGCAAUCAAGGAAGACUCCACUCCGCAAAUUGCAGACUGUGCAAAAAAGGAAACCCCUAGAGUGGGAGCUCUCACAGAUGAAGAUAUCAUCAAGCUCAGACCAUGUGAGAAGAAAACUAUUGACUUCAGAAACAAGCUAUAUCUUGCACCAUUAACAACGUGUGGCAAUCUGCCUUUCAGGAGAAUAUGCAAGCGUUAUGGCGCAGACAUUACCUGUGGAGAGAUGGCAGUGUGCACCAAUAUCUUGCAAGGUCAGCCUUCUGAAUGGGCAUUACUAAGGCGGCAUCACUCCGAGGAUCUUUUCGGAGUACAGCUGGAGGGUGCCUUUCCCGACACAAUGACAAGGUGCGCAGAACUUAUUAACAGAACCAUUGAAGUUGACUUUGUGGAUAUCAAUGUUGGUUGUCCAAUAGAUCUGGUGUACAGUAAGGGAGGUGGCUGUGGAUUGAUGAAUAGAACCAACAAAUUUGAACAAAUUGUAAAAGGAAUGAAGUCUGUGCUUGAUGUUCCCCUAACGGUGAAAAUCAGGACUGGAGUUCAUGAAAACCACAAUAUUGCUCAUAAAUUAAUCCCAAACUUAAAAGAAUGGGGUGUCUCAAUGAUUACACUUCAUGGAAGGUCUAGAGAGCAGCGUUACACAAAACUUGCCGAUUGGGAUUACAUUGAUCAGUGUGCAAAAAUAGCAAAUCCAAUUCCACUCUUUGGAAAUGGUGACAUACUUUCUUAUGAAGAUUCAAACAGAGCUUUGCAGACUGGUGUUUCAGGAGUCAUGCUGGCCAGAGGAGCACUUGUAAAGCCCUGGAUUUUCACUGAGAUUAAAGAGCAGCGACACUGGGACAUUUCCUCUACAGAAAGAUUUGACAUUCUCCGAAAUUUUACAAAUUAUGGUCUGGAGAACUGGGGUUCAGAUUCCCAAGGUGUAGAGAAAACAAGAAGGUUUUUGCUAGAGUGGCUGUCCUUCCUCUGCAGGUAUAUCCCAGUAGGUUUAUUGGAACAUGUACCCCAGAAAAUCAAUGAACGUCCUCCCUACUAUCUGGGUAGAGAUUACAUGGAGACUCUAAUGGCGAGCCAAAAUGCAUCUGACUGGAUCAAGAUCAGUGAGAUGCUCCUGGGACCUGUUCCGCAGAUGUUCACAUUUUUACCCAAACACAAAGCCAACUCUUAUAAAUAACAAAGAAGUUAACAGACAUGUUUUAAGGUGUUUUCAGAACAAAUGGAAAUGCUGUGAUUUUUUGUUUUGGUUUUUAUAAUAAAAAAUCCCAUUGGGAUAUUCAUGAA